CCUCCCGCAGCCGAGAGGGAGAUCGUGCGCGACAUCAAGGAGAAGCUCUGCUACGUGGCCCUCGACUUCGAGAACGAGAUGGCCACGGCCGCCUCCUCCUCCUCGCUGGAGAAGAGCUACGAGCUGCCCGACGGGCAGGUCAUCACCAUCGGCAACGAGCGCUUCCGCUGCCCCGAGACCCUCUUCCAACCCUCCUUCAUCGGCAUGGAGUCCGCCGGCAUCCACGAGACCACCUACAACUCCAUCAUGAAGUGCGACAUCGACAUCCGCAAGGACCUGUACGCCAACAACGUGCUCUCCGGGGGUACCACCAUGUACCCCGGCAUCGCCGACAGGAUGCAGAAGGAAAUCACAGCCCUGGCUCCCAGCACGAUGAAGAUCAAAAUCAUCGCCCCCCCGGAGCGGAAGUACUCCGUCUGGAUCGGCGGCUCCAUCCUGGCCUCGCUCUCCCCCUUCCAGCAGAUGUGGAUCAGCAAACCCGAGUACGACGAGGCCGGGCCCUCCAUCGUCCACCGGAAAUGCUUCUAA